AUGGAAAACUUACUGACGAUCGAUGCAGGAAACCACUCUGAGACAAUUAACCAGGGUUGCGUUUCCACUGAAGAUGAAAGCAUCAUAACCAAUCCCCAGUUUGAUGAUGGCCUGAAUAAUUGGUCUGGAAGAGGCUGCAAGAUUGCCCUACAUGACUCCAUGGGAGAUGGGAAAAUUCUUCCAAAGUCUGGUAAAUUCUUUGCAUCUGCAACAGAACGUACCCAAAGCUGGAACGGGAUUCAGCAGGAGAUCACUGGAAGAGUGCAGCGCAAGCUUAUCUACGAAGUUACUGCAUUAGUUCGGAUAUUUGGGAACAAUGUCACCAGUUCUGAUGUAAGGGCUACUUUGUGGGUUCAAGCCCCUGAUCUUCGGGAGCAGUAUAUAAGCAUUGCCAAAGUGCAGGCAACAGAUAAAGAUUGGGUUCAAAUGCAGGGAAAAUUCCUUCUAAAUGGUUCCCCAUCAAAAGUAGUAGUUUAUUUAGAAGGUCCCCCUCCAGGCACUGACAUUCUUGUCAAUACUUUGGUUAUAAAACAUGCACCUAAAACACCACCUUCAACACCCCCAGAUUGUGAGAUUGCUGCUUUUGGUGUUAACAUAAUUGAAAACAGUAAUCUGGCCAAUGGUACUGAUGGAUGGUUUCCACUUGGUAAUUGUACUUUGAGCGUCGGAAGUAGUUCACCGCGUAUAAUCCCACCAAUGGCAAGAGACUCCCUUGGGCCUCAUGAAUCCUUGAGUGGGCGCUACCUCCUUGUAACCAAUCGCACACAAACAUGGAUGGGUCCUGCUCAGAUGAUCUCUGAGAAAUUGAAACUCUUUCUAACUUAUCAAGUAUCUGCUUGGGUCAGGAUCGGUUCUGCAUCAACUGGGCCUCAGAAUGUAAAUGUUGCCCUUAGUGUUGAUAAUCAGUGGGUCAAUGGGGGACAAGUUGAAGUUGCUGAUGGCAGGUGGCACGAAAUUGGUGGGUCUUUUAGAAUUGAAAAGCAGCCAUCUAAGGUUAUGGUAUAUAUUCAAGGCCCAGCUUCUGGUGUUGAUUUGAUGGUUGCUGGACUUCAAAUUUUUGCUGUUGAUAGACAAGCAAGGUUUAAAUAUUUGAGGAGACAGACAGACAAGAUCCGUAAGCGUGAUAUUACCCUAAAAUUCUCUGGGCUGGAUUCAAUUGGAAAUCUUGGAACCUUGGUGAGAGUUAGACAAAUACAAAAUGAUUUUCCCAUAGGAACGUGCAUUAGUAGAAACAAUAUUGACAAUGAAGAUUUUGCUGACUUCUUUGUGAAACAUUUUAACUGGGCUGUUUUUGGGAAUGAGUUGAAGUGGUAUUGGACUGAGCCACAACAAGGUAAUCUGAAUUACAAGGAUGCUGAUGAAAUGCUAGAUUUAUGUCAAAAGAACAAGAUAGACACCAGGGGUCAUUGUAUUUUCUGGGACGUGGAUGGCAAUGUUCAACAAUGGAUCAAAUCACUGAAUAAAACUGAUUUGAUGACAGCUGUUCAAAAUCGCUUGAAUGGCUUAUUGACUCGCUACAAAGGUAAGUUCCGACACUAUGAUGUCAACAAUGAAAUGUUGCAUGGUUCCUUUUAUCAGGAUAGACUAGGUAAGGAUAUAAGGGCAAACAUGUUCAAGACUGCACACCAACUAGACCCAUCUGCUACCCUUUUUGUGAAUGACUAUCAUAUUGAAGAUGGAUGUGACACCAGAUCAUCCCCAGAAAAAUACAUUCAACAUAUUCUUGAUUUGCAACAGCAAGGUGCCCCAGUUGGGGGAAUAGGGAUUCAAGGUCACAUAGAUAGUCCUGUGGGGCCUAUUGUUUGUUCUGCCCUUGAUAAAUUGGGGACUCUUGGUUUACCAAUAUGGUUUACUGAGCUUGAUGUGUCUUCCACCAAUGAGUAUGUUAGAGCUGAUGAUCUAGAAGUUAUGUUGCGGGAAGCUUUGGCACACCCUGCCAUAGAUGGUGUAAUGCUCUGGGGAUUUUGGGAGUUAUUUAUGAGCCGGGAAAAUUCACACCUGGUGAAUGCAGAAGGGGACCUCAAUGAAGCUGGGAAAAGAUUCCUUUCUCUCAAACAAGAGUGGUUGUCUCACAGCCAUGGUUAUGUUGAUGAGCAAGGGCAAUUCAGCUUCAGAGGCUUCAGUGGAACAUACAACGUGGAAAUUGUGACCUUAGCAAAGAAAGUUUCUAAGACAUUCGUUGUUGACAAGGGUGACUCCUCACUGGUGGUAUCAAUCGAUGUUUAA